AUGUAUGAGUUACCUCCUGUGAGAUCGCACAGUCCCCUGCCUGUGUAUGAGUUACCUCCUGUGAGAUCGCACAGUCCCCUGCCUGUGUAUGAGUUACCUCCUGUGAGAUCGCACAGUCCCCUGCCUGUGUAUGAGUUACCUCCUGUGACAUCGCACAGUCCCUUGCCUGUGUACGAGUUACCUCCUGUGACAUCGCACAGUCCCUUGCCUGUGUAUGAGUUACCUCCUGUGACACCGCACAGUCCCCUGCCUGUGUAUGAGUUACCUCCUGUGACAUCGCACAGUCCCCUGCCUGUGUAUGAGUUACCUCCUGUGACAUCGCACAGUCCCCUGCCUGUGUAUGAGUUACCUCCUGUGACAUCGCACAGUCCCCUGCCUGUGUAUGAGUUACCUCCUGUGACAUCGCACAGUCCCUUGCCUGUGUACGAGUUACCUCCUGUGACAUCGCACAGUCCCUUGCCUGUGUAUGAGUUACCUCCUGUGACAUCGCACAGUCCCCUGCCUGUGUAUGAGUUACCUCCUGUGACAUCGCACAGUCCCCUGCCUGUGUAUGAGUUACCUCCUGUGACAUCGCACAGUCCCCUGCCUGUGUAUGAGUUACCUCCUGUGACAUCGCACAGUCCCCUGCCUGUGUAUGAGUUACCUCCUGAGACAUCGCACAGUCCCCUGCCUGUGUAUGAGUUACCUCCUGUGACAUCGCACAGUCCCCUGCCUGUGUAUGAGUUACCUCCUGUGACAUCGCACAGUCCCCUGCCUGUGUAUGAGUUACCUCCUGUGACAUCGCACAGUCCCCUGCCUGUGUAUGAGUUACCUGCUGUGAGAUCGCACAGUCCCCUGCCUGUGUAUGAGUUACCUCCUGUGAGAUUCCACAGUCCCCUGCCUGUGUAUGAGUUACCUCCUGUGACAUCGCACAGUCCCUUGCCUGUGUAUGAGUUACCUCCUGUGACAUCGCACAGUCCCCUGCCUGUGUAUGAGUUACCCCCUGUGACAUCCCUCAGUCCCUACCUCUGUACAACGUACCUCCUAUGA